AUGCCCGCCGCAAACCCGGUGUUAAUCCAAGAUAUACCGAGAUCUCGCAAUGAGCCGCCACCGGUAUUCUUGAUCCACGAUGCCAGUGGGCUUCUCACCAGCUACUUCAAAGUUGGAACCUUGGGACGCAAAGUCUACGGAAUAUGGGAUCCCAAGUUCGAUGCGGACGGUAUUGGCGGAUGGCAGAGCGUAAAAGAAAUAGCUGAAGCCUAUAUUCGGCUCAUCAAAAGAGUCAUGCUCAGAGGGGAAAUCGUUCUCGGCGGGUGGUCAUUUGGCGGCGUUCUUGCAGUGCAAAUCGCCCACAUGCUAGCCACCUCAGGUCGUGGCCUGCGUGUGUCUCGAAUCAUUCUCAUCGACUCAGUCUACCCCCGCUGCCCUCGCCCCGAAGCUCAAAAGGAGCCAGCAAAGUUGCAUCACGCCCCAGCUCUUCCUGGUAUCAAUCAAGAAACCCGCGACAAGCUCAUGACUGCUCUCAUGCGAGCGACUUGUCUCUCCGACCAGUGGGACCCUCCGUCGUGGGCGCUGCCGAGGACCGGUGUUCUUGGUACAGCCCGAUCCCGGGAUGUCGACCCGACUCCGCCGCACGCAGUGCUGAUCAGAGCCAGGGACUUGGUGCCCAUGGCGGACCCAGGCGAAAAGUGUCCUCUCGAUAGAACUCGGUUCCUGCCUCAGCUUGGCUGGGAGGAUAUGCUCGAAGGGUUUGUGGAACAAGUCAUUGAGACUACUGGUAAUCAUUACAGCGUCUUCGAUUCAGAACAUGUGAGUGGUCACUGA